AUGGGUUCAUUGUAUUUGAUAGGAGGACCACAGCCACUCUCUUGGUCAGUGAGGAUGAAAGUGGCCAUUGGUGCUGCCAGAGGACUUUCUUUUCUUCACAAUGUCAAAUCGCAAGUCAUAUACCGUGAUUUUAAAGCAUCUAAUAUCCUACUAGAUGCAGAGUUCAGUGCUAAACUCUCUGAUUUUGGCUUAGCGAAGGCUGGCCCUACGGGUGAUAGAACUCGUGUCUCUACUCAAGUCAUGGGCACUCAUGGAUAUGCUGCACCUAAAUAUAUUGCAACAGGUAUGCUUCAGCUUUGCAUUAACUGUAAAUGGUAUUUUGCUUUGUUUCUAAGAUUUAUGCCAGCACUAUUUGUUUCACCAAGCCUUGGCCACCCGAAGAAGCAAUGGGCUGAUGUUGAUCACCCAACGAAUCUGCCAUGGCCUGCACAGCUACUGUCAUGGGCUGCUUGUCUGAAUCUGCCACUGCAAUGGGCUGAUCACUAUGGCCUUUAUCUUUAUUCUGCUUCCUCCUACGUUCAUAAACCCAUUUUAGGGGUCCAACAUUUUCCUUCUGAAUUCUAA